CAUCGUGACCAGUAACCGGGUCCAUCAGCCCGAUCCAAUUAAAAAUCCGACAUUGGCCUGUAACUCAACUACUCAAGAAGAUUGCUUGAGUGAGGUGAGAGAACCAUCAUUUUCCCUCUCUCUCCCACCCUCUCCAGGGUAAAGUCCAAGACAUUCCCUCUACUGUACAAACUAUCUCCAACAAUAAUCCUAACAACCACUCACUCCCCCAGAAAAUCCCCCUCACUCUAAAACUCACUGAAUUAGGGUUUUUCAUCCAUAACCCAUGAUGGAUAUUACUUGUUAUCAUCAAAUUAGGUGUACAUCAUCCCCAAUUCGUUUCAUUUCUCCUCCUCAUCCAUAUAGGGUUUCAUCAAAAUCAAUCUAUAUAAACAAUCAAAGGAAAAGGAGAAAUCUUUGUUUAGUUGCUUCUUCUUCUGAUACUUUGAUUGCUGGAUCACAUAAAGAAGAAGACAAUGGGAAAACUAUUAAGAAAUCAUCAACAUCAAUUGAUGAAUAUGAAGAUUUGAAAUCUUGGAUGCAUAGUAAAGGUUUACCCCCUUGUAAAAUUGUUCUUGAUGAAAAAGAUUGCAAGUUUCAUACUCAGAAACACAGGCCUAUCCAUUAUGUUGCUGCUAGUGAAGAUCUUGAGAAAGGAGAUAUCGUGUUUUCGGUUCCGGAUGAAUUGGUUGUUACCCUUGAGAGAGUUCUUGGAAACGAAACAAUUGCGGAAUUAUUGACAACGAACAAGCUGUCAGAAUUGGCUUGCUUGGCAUUGUAUCUCAUGUAUGAGAAGAAGCAGAAAAAGAAAUCUUUCUGGUAUCCUUUCAUCAGGGAGCUUGAUCGCCAACGAGGGAGGGGUCAAUUAGCUGCGGAAUCUCCACUUCUAUGGUCAGAAGAUGAACUGGCUUACUUGACUGGGAGCCCUACAAAGGCAGCAGUUCUUGAACGGGAAGAAGGGAUUAAGAGAGAGUAUAAUGAGCUUGACACUGUCUGGUUUAUGUCAGGAUCACUAUUUCAGCAAUACCCAUAUGAUAUACCUACCGAGGCCUUUCCAUAUGAGAUUUUCAAGCAAGCUUUUGUUGCCGUUCAGUCUUGUGUAGUUCAUUUGCAGAAAGUUAGUUUGGCACGAAGAUUUGCUUUAGUUCCUCUAGGGCCACCACUGUUGGCUUACAAAAGCAAUUGCAAGGCCAUGCUUACUGCUGUGGAAGGUGCUGUUCAGCUCAUGGUUGACCGCCCAUAUAAGGCUGGGGAGCCAAUUUUUAUCUGGUGUGGACCACAGCCUAAUUCAAAGCUUUUAAUAAACUAUGGUUUUGUUGAUGAAGAUAACCCCUACGACCGCAUUUUGGUUGAGGUGAAAACUGACUGUAGUUUUGUCGUUAGCCUUCUUUUUGUACAUUUAGAGUUUGUAGGUCUUGGUUCUUACAAGCUUUUUUUGAACCAGGCAUCCCUUAGCACUGAGGAUCCUCAAUACCACGAUAAGAGAAUGGUUGCGCAGCGAAAUGGAAAACUGGCCAUACAAGUCUUUCAGGUCUCUGCUGGCAAAGAAAAAGAAGCAGUUUACGAUAUGCUUCCUUACCUUCGACUAGGCUAUGUUUCAGAUCCGUCCGAGAUGGAGUCCGUGAUUUCUUCUCAAGGCCCUGUAUGUCCAAUGAGCCCAUGUAUGGAACGUGCAGUUCUGGAUCAACUUUCUCACUAUUUUACAGCUCGUUUAGCUGGCUAUCCCACUACCUUAAGUGAAGAUGAAGCCUUGUUGACAGAUUCCAGCUUGGACCCUAAGAAACGAGUUGCUACCCAGCUUGUCAAACUUGAAAAGAAGAUGCUAACUGCCUGCCUUCAUGCUACAGUUGAACUGAUAAAGCAGCUACCCGAUGAUACUAUAUCUCCCUGCCCUGCUCCAUACGCCCCUCAACUAAAAUAAAGGAAAUGUCAGAAGAUCAAGCUCCUAAUUGUGAAUAAUCCUGUAAACAAAGAGCAGGCUUUUGUAACUUUGUGGCGAUUUGAAAGUGGGCAUGAACUAGGACUUUUCUUUUUAACAUUGCCAAAUGCUUCAAAUGGUUUUCUGCCAAAUUAAUAGGGUCAACAAGCAGAUCGUCUGACUUCAUUUUGUGAAGGGGGAAGUCAUGGAACUUUGGGCUGGAACUUCGAAAACAUUAUAUUCAGAUGAUUUUGUCAAUUUGCUAUGGCUGUUAAUCCUUCACCUUUCAAUCUAUACACAAAUUGAUUUGUAUUAUAAAUUAAGUUUUUUCUCUCA